AUGGGGCUGUUCUGCAGAGGGGCUGGGCUGCGCAUGGGCUGGCAUGGCCACACAGGCUCCCGGACUAUACAAGGGCUCGGCCGCACGUGUGUCUUUGCAGGUAUGAGCCCGGCCUCUGUGACCCUGGCCAGUGCCCUCCAGGUCCGGGGUGAAGCUCUAUCUGAGGAGGAAAUCUGGUCCCUCCUGUCCCUGGCGGCUGAGCGGCUCCUGGAGGACCUUUGCGAUGAUUCCUCGAACUAUGUGGUCUGCCCCUGGUCAGUCUUGCUUUCUCCGACCGGAAGUCUUUCCUUCCAAGACCAUGUUUCCCAUAUAGAGGCAGCUCCUUUCAAGGCCCCUGAGCUGCUACAGGGACAGAGCGGUGAUGAGCAGCAUGACGCAUCUCAGAUGCAUGUCUAUUCUUUGGGACUGACUCUCUACUGGUCAGCGGGGUUUCACGUUCCACCAAAUCAGCCCCUGCAGCUUUGCCAACCCCUGCACUCCAUCCUGCUGACCAUGUGCGAAGACCAGCCUGGCAGGCGGCUGCCGCUGCAGUCUGUCCUGGAAGCUUGUCAGAUUCAUUGGGAAGAAGCGGCUGUCCACCCAACUUCUGCCAAUCUCCACGUCAGACAGCUGGUCGGCUUGGUCCUGGGCACUAUCUCUGAGGUGGAGAGGAGGGCCGUGGAGGAGAGCUCCUCUGGGCAGCGAGACAGAAGCCACCUGCUCAGGAACAGGCUGCAUCGAGCGAGCUGUGAGAGCCAGGCGGCGUGGGCUCUGGGGUGUCCGCGUCACUGCAGAGUUUCAGAGAGAAGCACAGAGACCCAGAGCUCCCUGGAGCCCGGACUGAACACCUCCGCGCACGGUCGCUGUAGCGUCGCUGUGAACAGCGCCCUUCCAACUCAAGAUCCCCCAGACCUUCAGGAAGGCCGACGGCUCAGCUCCGGUUCUGCUCUCCCAGAAAACUCACGGCCGGCAACUCCUUCCCAAAGGAGUUUUUUGCAAAGAAAGGGAAAGUUCUCCAGGCCGGAGUUUGCCCUGAUGGCUGGAGAGGCCCCGGUGACCUUGUAUUUGCCUGGAUCAAUUGUGACCAAAAAAGCGAAGUCGUACUUGGCUCUCAGGGGCCUCUGUGUGGUGUUGCUGAGCGGGCAGUGCCUGGAGGUGAAAUGUGACGUCACAUCGACAGUGGGAGCUGUCUUUAGUGCCAUUGCACCGUUUGCCAGUCUCGGGGAGCUCACCUACUUUGGCUUGGCUUACCUGAAAGGUAAAGAGUUCUUUUUCUUGGAUGCUGAAACCAGGUUGUGCAAAAUAGCCCCUGAAGGCUGGAGUGAGCAGCCCCAGAAGAAGAGCUCCCCAAAUACCUUUGUGCUCUUUCUAAGGAUAAAGUUCUUCGUGAGUCACUAUGGGCUGCUCCAGCAUAGCUGGACAAGGCACCAAUUUUACCUGCAACUUCGGAAAGACAUCCUGGAGGAGAAGCUGUAUUGCAACGAUGAGACGCUGUUGCAGCUGGGGGUCCUUGCUCUGCAGGCUGAAUUUGGCAGUUACCCAGAGGAGGUAGAGAGCAAAGCCUAUUUUCGAGUUGAAGAUUAUGUCCCUGCAAGUCUCAUUGAGAGGAUGACGGCUCUCCGGGUCCAAGUCGAAGUCUCAGAGAUGCACCGGCUGAGCCCUGUGCUUUGGGGAGAGGAUGCUGAGCUGGAGUUCUUGAGGGUCGCUCAGCAGCUCCCAGAAUAUGGUGUGUUGGUAUACCAGGUUCUCCCAGAGAAGACAAGGCUGGAAGGGGAAAUGGCCUUGGGGAUCUGUGCCAAGGGUGUCAUUGUAUACGAAGUGAGAAACAACAGCAGAAUCGCAACCUCACGGUUUCAGUGGAGAGAAAUUGAAAAGAUUUUGGCUUAUCGAAAGAAGUUCAUCAUCACAAGCAGCGUCACUGGGAAAAAGCAUGUAUUUGUCGCUGAUUCAGUCAAGACCUGUAAAUAUUUGCUGGGCCUGUGCUGCGCCCAGCAUGGGUUUAAUGCUCAGAUGAGUUCUCCUGGAGUUACAAGGGUUUUGUUUGACUCUAAUAAGUGUGUACAAAUGGGCAGUCUGAGUCUUGCACACCUGCCCCAGUCCAACCAACUCACUUGGAUUCAGAGACUGUCGUGCUCAGAAAACGCGCUGUUCAUACCCGGGCUGGAGGAUGCCGCAGGAGGCCUGCUGCGCAGGUCACUGGACAACUUCACCAUGGACACCAGCAAGGGGACAGGGGCACAAGGACUCAGAGGCAGCCCCUGCCUUGGCCGAGAGCAGCUGGAGCGCCUCUGUUUGAUUCAGAAGCCAACAACUUGUGACCCUCUCUCCAGGCAGCCUGCUCAGAGCACGCGCACAGGAUCACGAAAUAACAGGAGAAGGAGCUUCAUAGCUGAACCAGAUGGAGAAAUUGUGCACGUGACUCUGAGCCGGGACCCACACCGUGGUUUUGGUUUUGUGAUUAAUGAGGGGGAAGAUGUAGGCAAAGUCGAUCCCGGCAUCUUUAUAUCUUCUAUUAUCCCUGGGGGACCAGCUGAAAAAGCCAAAAAGAUCAAACCAGGAGGGCAGAUACUAGCCCUGAAUCACAUCAGUCUGGAGGGCUUCACAUUCGAUAUGGCUGUUAGGAUGAUUCAGAAUUCUCCUGACACCAUAGAAUUAAUCAUUUCUCAGUCAAAAGGUGUUUGCGGCAAUACCUCAAGCGAGGAGAAGAAUAGCGCAGCCAAUUCAGGGGUAUUCUCUACAGACAGCCUGAGCGAUGGGCCCCGGGGAAGUUUUUCAUCACACACACAAGACCGGGAGAGAAACAUCGAAGAACUGGAAGUGGCUCAGACUCAGAGCGUAAUGCCCAGGUUGAGGCCUCAGCUGUCUGCUCUGCCAUUCAAGGGUGCUGGUUCUUUCUGUCCUCCAUCACCUUCAGAAACCACGGCCAGUGAAAUUUACUUCGUGGAGCUGGUUAAAGAAGACGGGACACUUGGAUUCAGUGUGACUGGAGGAAUUAACACAAGCGUGUUCUGUGGAGGUAUCUACGUGAAAUCCAUUGUUCCUGGAGGGCCAGCUGCCAAGGAAGGGCGGAUCCUGCAGGGUGACCGGCUCUUGCAGGUGGAUGGAGUGAGUCUGUGUGGCCUCACCCACAAGCAGGCUGUGCAGUGCCUCAAGGGCUCUGGACAGGUUGCAAGACUGGUCUUAGAGAGAAGAGGCCCCAGGAUUGCACAGCAGUGUCCUUCUGCUAAUGACAGGAUGGGAGAGGAGUGCACGGCUGUUUCCUUGGCAACAGUCUCGCCUGGAAGGCCCGCAAGCAGUGUCUCGGCGACAGAUGGCCCCAAGUUUGAAGUCAAGCUAAAAAAGAAUGCCAGUGGCUUGGGAUUCAGUUUUGUGCAGAUGGAGAGCGAGCACUGCGGCCACCUCAAGAAUGGUCUCGUGAUGGUUAAGCGGCUUUUCCCUGGGCAGCCGGCGGAGGAGAAUGGGGCCAUCGCAGUAGGUGACAUUAUCCUGGCUGUGAAUGGAAGGUCCACGGAAGGCCUGGACUUCCAGGAGGUGCUCCAUUUACUUCGAGGCGCUUCACAGCAAGUCACGCUCCUGCUUUGCCGACCCCCUCCAGGUGCGCUGCCUGAGAUGGACCAGGGCUGGCAGACACCUGUGCUCGUAGAAGACAAAGAAUUCCCCAGGGCAGCAUGCGCUGACUUGGAGCAGAGCCCCAGCCUGGAUCAGGGGGACAGCCGGAGGGACAGUGCCUCCCCAGACACAGGGGAGGGCCUGGGUCUCCGGCCAGAGUCUUUCCAACAAGCCACCCAAGAGGCACAACGGGACCAGGACACAGAGAGACCCUGGGCCACUUCCUUGACUGAUCCUCGGGAUUCCUUCCCUCAUCUAUGCAGACUUCACCAAGAAAUGGAGGCGUCAGCACUGGCUACCUCUUUGGAGAAGGAUUUGAGGCAAAACUGUGAUUCAGUUUGUGAUAUCGGGAGACUUGGAAGGAGUGUCCAUGAGAGUGACAGCGAGUGGGAAGACAUCGAGGAGGCUGAGGACACAGAUGAUGGCCCCCUCAGGUGGGUAGCACUGUGGGUGGAAUGA